CCGUUUCGUCAUGGUAGGACGGAGUGGAUUGUAGAGCUGGUAUCUACUUUCUGUUCUGUCGGACUGUUUAAGAGAUUUUUAUAAAAAUGCUUUAUCAAGUUAUACCGGAUGAGUGAAGCCUGGUGCUUUGACAGCUUUCAUAUGACACGCAGUUACUCUGAAGCAGGCAUUCAGACUGUUAAAGUUGGGCUGUCCGUUCAGUCAGACGAGCUUUUUUAUGUUUCCUUCGUCCAUCUGUUGAAAAUUAGAUUUUACUCAAGUUGGUGAGCGUUUAGUCGAUCACCCGAGGACUCAGACCAUGUACAAUACAGUGUGGAAUACGGAGAAAGAAGAUGACGACUGGAGAGACGUGAUGAUGCCCUAUUCCACUGAAUUAAUAUUUUACAUUGAAAUGGACCAGCCGCCAGCUCUUCCUCCCAAGCCAACAAAACCCAUGACACCAGUAAACGGCAAUGGUGUGAAAGAAGCCGCCAGCGGCUCACUGCAAGAAGCAGAAUGGUACUGGGGAGACAUAUCAAGGGAAGAGGUGAAUGAUAAAUUGCGAGACAUGCCUGAUGGUACUUUCCUGGUACGGGACGCUUCAACCAAGAUGCAGGGAGAUUACACAUUAACGCUAAGGAAAGGUGGAAACAAUAAGCUAAUAAAAAUCUACCAUCGAGAUGGGAAGUACGGAUUCUCAGACCCGCUCACGUUUAACUCUGUGGUGGAGCUCAUCAGUCACUACAGACAUGAGUCACUGGCCCAGUACAACACAAAACUGGACGUUAAGCUCAUGUAUCCGGUCUCCCGCUACCAGCAGGAUCAGCUGGUGAAAGAGGACAACAUUGAUGCAGUGGGAAGGAAGCUCCAGGAGUAUCACAAUCAAUAUCAGGAGAAGAGUAAAGAAUAUGACAGACUCUACGAGGAGCACACAAAAACCUCACAGGAGAUCCAGAUGAAACGUACCGCAAUAGAGGCCUUCAAUGAGACUAUUAAAAUUUUUGAAGAACAGUGUCACACACAGGAGCGCUACAGUAAGGAAUACAUUGAGCGAUUCCGCAGAGAGGGCAACGACAAAGAGAUUGAGAGGAUUAUGAUGAACUACGAGAAGCUUAAAUCCCGUCUGGGUGAAAUUCACGACAGUAAGACCCGGCUUGAACAGGACCUGAAAACGCAGGCUCUGGACAACAGGGAGACGGACAAGAAAAUGAACAGCUUAAAGCCAGAUCUCAUUCAGCUCCGAAAGAUUAGAGAUCAGUACCUUGUUUGGCUAAAUCAUAAAGGUGUACGACAGAAACGAAUCAACGAUUGGCUGGGCUUAAAAAAUGAGACCACAGAUGAUGCCUACUUUGUCAGUGAGGAGGAUGAGAAUCUGCCACACUAUGACGAGAAGAGCUGGUUUGUGGGGGACCUGAACCGAACGCAGUCAGAAGAUUUGCUACAUGGCAAACCUGACGGAGCUUUCCUCAUCCGGGAAAGCAGCAAGAAAGGCUGUUACGCCUGCUCUGUUGUUGUGGAAGGCGAGGUGAAGCACUGCGUCAUCUAUAGCACACCCCGCGGCUUCGGCUUUGCAGAGCCCUACAACUUGUAUAGCACUCUUAAAGACUUGGUCCUGCACUACCACCAGACCUCACUGGUCCAGCACAAUGACUCGCUCAACGUGCGGCUGGCGUACCCAGUGUAUGCACAGAUGCCCUCAGGACCCCGGAGAUGAAGACUUGCCCCCCGAAAAAACUAAACUCUUUACACUCCCAGGAGGGGGGGACAGUUUCUGAACAAAUAACAAACAAACAAAAAACAUUCAGACAAAAAAAAAAAGAAAUAAACACUUGCUGCAACACACACGUCAGCCACCUUGGAGUUAUAUAUUUUUACAAGAACAAUUUGGAGGGCAUUCUUUCUAAAGACUGCUUGAUUUGCACAAGGAAGUUUUAAAUGUUUGUGAAUGUGAAAAAAAGCAGAAGGAAGCAGAGGAGGCGAGUUUCAGGUGACCCGCGCUGCUACCUAAACUCCAGCUGGGACAUUUUACAUGCUCCAUUUUAGCUUUUAGCUUGAGCUUCUUCUUUUUUUUCCCCGAUCUUCCUGCCUUUUUUUCACACAUCCUUCCAUUUUUCAUUCAGCUGUUUUUUUCUUUCUUUCUAUUGUCUUUGCAUAACUCUUUAACGAAAAUGUAAGGCAGGAAAAAAUUUUAAAAUUUCUCCAUCUCUCUCUUUCUUUCUCUCUCUUUCUCUGUGUUUAACAAAGUUAAAACAUAUGUAGCAAACAGACGACUGACACUUUCUGAGUGUUCUCACAGUGACUGCUGCUGAACGAGAGGUUGUGGGAGGGUUGUUUGGGAGGGCACACGUGAAAAUGUGUUGUAGUCUUAAAAACAAAGUUUUUUUUUUUUGUCCUAAUUUUCUGUUUUUCUGGAUCAAAAUAUCUGUCCUUUCUAACCAGAAAAGAUCAUUACAGUUCAGUACAAAGACCAAAGUUGGCAUGGGGAGGACUUUUUAUUAUUAUUGUUAUUAUUAUUUGGCUUAUAUUAAAUGAGCGGCAAGUUAAUACAUGUUUGCAAACGACACAAAAUAGUUUGGGUCUGUGUCCUGUGGAGUACCAAGUUAUUGUUAAGAACCAAAAUCGUAUGCACAGACACAGUUAACAUAAAGCACUUAUGUAGAACUGAAAAGUAAGCGCUGCAUGUUUAAACACCAAAUUUAAAAACAAUGAUUCACGUAUGUGUCUGUGUUGUUGUUUUUUUUAACUAAUGUGGCAUCUAAAUGUCUGGUCUAGAACAAUUGGAUUUGUGUAGCUCACACAUACGAUCAAGAAAACGUCGGAGCAGCGUGUAUGUUACAGCAGAUGUGCUUUAGUACAUAACUUGAAAUAAAAAGUGCAAUCCAGCUUUUGAUGGUAGCGAAGUGGUCUGUCAGAGAGAAACAAACUGCUCUCAGUUGCAUCAAAAAGCGAUAAUCACUUGAACCUUUUGAAGAAUUGAUUUUGUUUUGUUUUGUUUUGUUUAAAAAAAAGCCCCUUUAUUGCCUAGUGCUUCUCUUUUUAGCAGGUUGACUCGUUCUGUAUCAGAAAAGAGAAAAUACACUUUUCAUUGUGGCUGCCUGUUGCUUUUAAUGUCACACAAUAAAACCUUUAUGAAAAUAUAUUUACAGCAUGUCGGUAUGUCAGUUACAUCACUGUCCUGUUUUGGUCUUAUUUUUUGUACUAGUAGGUUUUCUAGUUGAGUAUUUCAGUUCACAUAGGGUUUUUUUUUUUUCUUUUGUUCUCUUACAGUUUUCCCCUUUUCACAAUUUGGCCAUACACUGAAAAGUUGUUAGAGUUAGCCAGCUCCCUUACCCACCACUGCAACUACCCAACUGUUCCCCUCAAUGCACAGCCUGAUAAACAGCAGCAAAUAAGCUGCAAACGAAAUCGCAUACUACUCACUAAGAUACUAUGUUUGAAUUUGAAUUUAAUACACAACCGUUAGAAAAGGACACUCUAUAUUCAUCUUAUUUUUCGCGUACGAGCGAGCGCAGCCAUAUGAAUCUUUUUGGCUUGAGACUUUCGCUCUUAUUCAGUUCUAUUCAUAUUCAGAUGUUAAAAACGGCUCGUUACAUUGAAAACUGACAUUAUCUUAUAUUAUUCUACUUUGUCUGUAUAGUUAUGGACCCACUUGUAUGUAGAGCGAGAAAUUUGAUCGUUUUCUGCCUUUUAUAAUAUCGAUAGUAUACUUGUAGUAUCUGUCGUUUAUCGUUAUCACGUGACACAUUCACAUUGGAUGUCCCAGUGUCCACUGGAUAUGCAGUUCAUAAUCUGGCCAGAAGUAGUAGGUCAUCCAGGUACAUUUUGCCUAUUGUUUAUCAAAUAAUAGGAAUUCGGACAAACUACUUGGCUCACAUUCUGUUUUUUGUUUUCAGCCUAGGCUGAAAAAAUGGUGUCUGCAAAAUUGUUGCAAACAAUUUAUAUGUGUUGAAUUCAAACUAACAAAUGAAAUUUUGUGAUGUUUAACUUUAAUUUGUUUGAAUAAAUUUAGUCCAAAUAAAUAGUUUACAACCCCUUAACCACUAAAAAAGUUAGUAAAUCCAAUAAAUCAUCUUUGAAUAAUUUUUUUUUUUAUUGUAGGCUGGUUCGCUAGUUUUAGCUGGUCGACCAACGCAAUCGCACAACAAUUCGUAACUUUUUGAUUUAGUGGAUAAUUCGUAUGAAUUUGUACAAUCUAAUUAAAAAAAUGUAGUAUGAUUUGCUCAUCACCCAAUGACGGUUGGGUUUAGGGCUGGAGUUGGGUGCCAUGCCUCCUGUUUAAAAUCGUACAUUUUCAUACGACUAAACUCGUUCGAAUUUGUACAAUCUAAUUUGUACAAUUUAGUACGAUUUGCUUAUCACUCAAUGACGAUUGGGUUUAGGGGUGGGGUUUGGUGCCACGCCUCCUUUUUAAAAUCGUACAUUUUCAUGCGACUAAACUCAUACAAAUUCAUACAAAUUAGCCACUAAACUGACAAAACAUAAAAUACUUGCAUUUUCUCGUAAGAACAGGCUGGGUUGACCAGCCUAGGUUUUUUAGAGGGGUUUUGGCCAUUCCAGGCUAGCUUUCCGCCAUUUCCAGGUCUUAGCUGGUCAGGCUGGGAGAUGACCAGCUAAAACCAACUUGACCAGCCUAGCCAGACUGAGAGCACAGCCAAAACCAGCUAUGUCCAGCUUAAAUCAGGCUGGUCAAGCUGUUUUUUUUUUUUUGUUUUUUUUUUUUGCUGGUUUUAGCUGGUCAUCUUCCAGCCUGGAAAUGGCCUAAACCCCUCUGAAACCAAACCAGCCAACCAGCUUAGACAGGUUUACGCUGUUUUCUCAGCAGAAGUAUGGGAUUUUGGACGCAUCAAAAGUAAAAUUUAUAUUCAACUAUAUUGUCAAAAUAUUCUCCCAGAAAACUUUCAAAUUGUAUAUGUGAUUACGAAUUUGUCGAUGCUCACAAUAGCUGUUUUUUCUCACAAGAUCGGGUUGUUUGUUUGGAUCAGCUGUGUCAUACGAGACGGGAAACUUUAGUUGGAGUCUUCUGGUGGUUAGUUUGGUGGUGGUGAUGAUGGGGUCCAAACAGACAGAGCAUUCAGUCAAAUCAGCUGUUGAGAUUAAGUUACAUCCUCGAGCCCUAAUGAAAACCACAUGCAGCCGAUGGAGGUUUUUUCUUUUCUCCCAUCCACUGUUUAUUUCAGCUGUUCAUCCUGUUGCUAUUGAAAGUGACUGUGGUUUGAUUGGGUGUUAUUGGCAGAACUCAGUGUUCUUGUCUCGUCUGCUUUACCAUGGCUGUGGUACGGCUUGAUCUCGCUCACCCAGAACAUGCUCGCCUCUGAAAGUUGAUUUUUAGUUCUGUGUGUGCGAUUUGUUCUAGAAAACAUCUGCGGAGCUUUGGUUUUACCAUUUUUUCAAUGGAACAUUGUAUGUUGCUGUGUUCAGAAUCACAGGUCCAGUUUUAUUUUUAUUCUGUCCUCAAUUCUUUUUUAAUUAUUAUUUGUUUGUUUGUUUUUGCUUGAAGCUGGGUCCUGAGGGCCCCCCUGUCUAUUACUUGAACUCUUGCAUCACUCACCAUUGAAUGUCUUUAAUAAUGCAUAGAUAUAACAUAUAUUAAAACACAGGAAAUCCCCUUUAUGGUGCGAAUGGAAACAUGGGUGGACAUAUUUAGGAGUAGAACUCAACGUGUGUGUUUUGUCGAAAUGAAAGGGGUUUAUUUAUGUUCACAAAGCUCAGAUAUGACAGAUUAUUGGAGUCCAAUAUAGCACACAUCAUAUUUAAAGAGUUUUAGUUAUUUAAUAGGCUGGUCAACAACAUGUUAUGUUUGACAAUUUACGCCAUGACAUGAUAUUGAUUAAAGAAAGUAAAGAAAAACGAAAUGUUUUAAUCACUGUUUUGCUAUUUUUAUUAGCAUUUUCCCACACAUCGAGACCAAAGAUUUAAGUUUGCUUUGAUUACAUUGUUUGGUUAGUACUAGUUUUAAAAAGAUGCAUACCCCACCCCCACACCCCAGUAUUUCAAUUGCCUUGCUUUCAUGCAAACUUAAUUUUGUGUCUUAGUUUUUGGGUUGCUAUCGCCAUCCCCUUGCUUGUCAGAAAAACAUCUGUUACUGUCCGUAUAUAUUUGAGGGCUCGCUGUGGAUUGGCUGGGCUGCAUUUGUUUUGUUUUUGCCAUUUGAAAAAUGAUAGUUUGUUUACCGAACUGAGUUUUGUUAAGCCUCAAAGUAAACAGAUCAGCCUAAAGCUGUUCAUUUUUGCACUCACUUGUUUGUAAUGGGUAUAUACUUUAUUUGUGUGAGUGUGCCAUCUUAGAUUUUUUUUGUCAUUAAUUUGUCUUUUCAGUCACUAAAGUCAGCGAAAUUGAGUGUCUCUAAGCAUUUUUUAUUUACAGAAUAGUCUCGCAGACUCCAGAUAGAUUCUUUCUUGCUCUUUUUCAUUGUUUUGUAAAAUUCAUAAAGAAAACAGACAACCCUAUACCACACAGAAAUGUAUGUUUUUUAUUUGUUUUUGUUUUUUAAGUGAUUGUCAUUCUCUGCAGGGCAGAAAGCAGUAGGGAUUGCUUGCUUUCUUUGUUUCUAUACUCAAGAAAGCAUUUGUUUUUUAUCGCGAAAGUUUUUUCAGGGACGUGAAAAGCAUUGCAUUGGGAAUUCGUAUGAGAGACAUUUACUAGAGUGCUUUUUUUUUGUAUUGAAGUGGGAAUGGGGGAAGCUUGCAAAUCAUAACAAGCCGACAAAAUCAACAGUGCAUUGCUUCAAAAGCUCAGAGGGUUUGGACAUGAACCAAAACAACUUUUUUUUUUUUCUUGGACUCUUAACUGCUGGAGUUUUCAGAUAGACACGGUAUACAAAGCAGGUGUUAUGACUAGAAGACCUGGCUAAGGUUAUUUCCGGACUGUUAACUAGCACUGGCUAUUUUCCCCUUGUGCAGUUCUGCAAAGUUUUAUUUGCAGUCAGGUUUGAAUAUGUUGUGAUUCUCGUUGGGAGUCUUUUGUGUUCUUACCACAGCUGUCCUACCGUGAUAUCCAGCCCAUUUCUUAUAUAAAAAUAAAAUAAAAUAAAAACAAAUGUUUUCAGAAAAAGGAAAAGAGGAAAAAAACGAUCACUCUCCUUCCCACUUUGACAUACGUAAAACCCAGCAUGCUUUGUUACUCUUGACUGUUGUUUUGUGUAUGGAAAAAACUUACAAAAAAAGGAAAAGUAAAAAGAAAAAAAAAUAAGAUGUGGAACAAAACUGUUAUUUGUCUGUUUAUGGUGUAGUCGAAUAUAAAUUUUACUAUAGCUUAUGACUUUUUUUCAUGCUUUUUUCAGCUGAAAUAAGUUGGAGCCCUUUGUUGCAGUGACAAACUCAAAAUGAUGUUCAGAAAAACUGAGACAGAGGAGCUGAAGCAAUAGACGACAGCGAUUUUUCAGUACCGUUUGCACAACCUCUACCGACAUGUAAAAUGCAUCUUAUGGAAAACCUUUAAAUUUCACUCUCAGAUCAAUGUAUAGUUUAAAUACACACUUUAUUCUGCAUAAUGCAAAAUAUUUCCUCAACACCAGCAGUGUUUUCAUCUUUUAUAGACUCAGCUUGAGCAAUAAGCCACGGGCCUUUGAUGUCUGAGAAAUAAAAAAAGCACUCCAAUGAAAAUAAACAUGUUGCUCUGGCUCUGGUUCAUAUAACCUUGUAUAAUGUCUUCUUCGGACAAGUUAUGGCACAAAAAGGACACGAGACACUGAUCUCCUGUUCGUUGCAUGUAGAGAACAAGAGACGUCAGAAAUCCUCUCUCUCAGUAUUUGAAUAUCAUUGUUGCUUCAGACUUCUCGGUAUUCUUCAGUUACGACUUCCGACACAAAACAUUUUCUUGUAUCUGUUACGAUAGUUUGUAUUGGUUGUAGACUCUCCAUUUGUUAUGAGGUGAACUCAUGUAUAUACUCAAUGGAACUCCACAUUAUUCAGUUCUCUUGCAGAAUAAAGAAAAAUAUUUUGUUCAAAAUA